AUGUCGGUUCUUCAUCGGGCGAAGGACCGCUGGUUGAUCUGGUUUGCAUGCACCAAGAGAACCGGCGAGGGCGAAUGGUUCAAAGACCACCACCACUGGCACAGUAACAUCAACGUCUUCCUCGACAGCGACGAGCUGGAGAAUCUGGAUCUUCUUUUCGACAUAAUCAGAACAUCCACGAGGAGUGUACUGGUCAUCCUGACAGCGGAGCUGCCGAAGCGCAUCUGGUGCGCCGGUGAAAUCGUGACGGCAUUCAAGAAUAGUGUGCUGACGGUCCCAGCGAUUUGUGAUGGUUUCUACCCUCCGUCUGCAGAGCAGCUCGAGAUCCUUCCGACGCUCUGGGCUCCGCAGCAGACGCAGUUGCUGGCCAACUCAGGUGUGGAGCUGAAGGACGUGGCCAAGGCGUACUACUGGCUGCUGAACGAGCUGUCUCCUAUGACACUGCCACGAUUUGGGCCGGUUUGGAAGCGAGAGGCUUCGGUCGUGGUUGCUCUGAAGCGCUGCGGCGCUCAGAUUAGUGGGAGCUCUUCCCGGAUGCUCGAAGCGAGCCGGCAGAACGUCAAUGCAGGCGCCCGCAUCCUCAUCACCAGCUCUGUGGCGGAUGCCGAGUCCCUCUCCACAUGUGAGGUUUUUCAGAACAUCCUGCAGAGUCAUCUGCACGUCGAAUGUGCAGUGGUGCACAACUCGCUUCAGAUGGUCCGCUGGAAGCGUUGGGCCUACUACUUCGUGGUGCUCUUCUUCCGGGGCAUGCUCCGGGAUCCCCUCUUUGCAGAGAUCCUGGACUCGGCUUUUCACGCCCCUGGAAGGAGCCUAGAGGUCGUCACCGUGCUGGCGGACCCGCACUUCGACUUCCGCUCAGCUGAGUCCUAUGCCUAUGAAGGCAUGUUCCGAGACGAGGACCACUUCAGUGCGCGGACCAACAUACAGCGGCUUGCCAAGGCCUUCCGGACGCUCCUGAUGAUCGUUGCGCUGCCCUUCACUCCUGUCGAUUCUUUCGGCCUACAGAAGAAGCAGGUGUCGGAGAUCGCUUUGCGGUUUCGCCGGUACAAGGAGAGAGCUGCAGCAGCCGCGAUGGACGAGGCGGAUGACGACAUCGUUCGCGCCGAAUUUGGCGAGAAGAUUGCGAGCGAAGUCGGCAGCGAGGAAGCUUUCCUCGACGAGGUUUCCAUGUGCUCCAAGUUCAGCGACACCGUUUCCAUCUGA